AAUGCUUCAGCUGCACAGAACUGUUUAUGUUGAAAUAAUUAUACACGUUAGAGGCCUUCGUUUUUUUUUUUUAAUUUAUGAUUUUUGUUUUUCCUUCAGCAAUACAAAUUAAGUUGUGUUAAUCAAAAUGAAUAACGCUUUAGUGGAAGAGGUGGCUGCAUCUUUAGUCAGGGAAUAUCUCAAUCGAAAGGGUUUAAAAAAGACCAUUUCUAUCAUGGAUCAAGAACUUCCUCGUACAAAAUCAAGUGUCAACAACAGAAAUGAUCUAAGAAGAGUGUUGAAAUUGGAGUCCCUUUACAAAAUGAAUAAGGCCCAGGAAAUUCCACUGAAAGCAAUGCUAGAGAUUAUAGUAAAGCACUGCAUGGAAACCCAGAACAUGACUAACACUAGAACAGAAGAUUGUUUAUUUCAGAAAAACGCAGUGCCUAAAUCUAGGUCUUCAGUUAGUGUUUGUGACAUAUCUGAUGAGGAGAAAGGUGGGAGUAUUGCAGUAUCAAACCACAGUAAAACUGAUGUUUACAGCUCGUCUGAUGAUGUUGCUUGUACAUCUUACAAGUUUCUUUCGUACACAGAUUCUCAAAGUAACAGUAAAAUAUCAGCAAAGUGUGUCGAAAGCAGCACCUUAUCUUCAGAAGGGGAGAGAGACAGUCAACAAAGGUCUUUUUCUUAUGCAAAGGACAGUGAUAGUUUAAAAGUCGAUGUGUCCUCUGCAGAGAUUAACAAUGCAUUCACAGAGCUCCAAAAACCCAGGUCCGGUCGCGUAAUACGUGGCAUGAUGGCUGGACCGGUUGCUCGUUCAGAAGAGGAAUCUAACAAAAAGCGUUUUUUGAGAAGGUCUUCAGGGUCAAAUGUUGCCCUUCCACUGAAAGAUGAGGAGCUGAAGAAUAAUUCAACUUCAAAUCCAGUACCUAGCAAUUUGGCUACUAUACAACUUUCUCAAUCCAAAAGCAUAUCUUCUGUCAUAGAGAACCCGUCUACUAAUGAGCUCUUUAAAAGGGAACUCAACAGGAUGGAGAAAAAAGACACAAAUGCAGUUAAAAGUGGCCAAACGAUGCAAAAAGAGAAGGGACAGAAUACAACGCCAGAUCGAGAUAUAUCACAGGCUUAUAAAAAAAAAUCCACAGCCAGUCCCAAAGCAGAUGUUCUUCAAAUGAAGUUAAUGAAACUAGAUGAUAUCAACGAUGAGGAGGAGUUUUGUGAACUUAGCAGAGUACCCAGGUUUUCCAGAGCGUCGAGACUCAAUGUAGAUGCACAUCCCAUUGAUCUUAACCUUGCAGUAGACCUCAAAAACAUUCUUUUUGGCUCAAGUUUGGCCUGCUUUAAUGAUGAGUGGAAGAUUCAGAGUUUCCCAUUUAACGAUUUACCUGAUUUAAGAUAUGGCAUUGUGCAGAAGAAGGGCGGACCUUGUGGAGUACUGGCUUCUGUCCAAGCCUGUGUGUUGCAAAAGCUCCUCUUUGAAGAGACUAACAGCAGCAAUACAUUUCAACGACUGCAGCCUUCAAAUUCUCAUAGAAGCAAGAAACUUGCAUUGGCAAUAGCUGACAUCUUGUGGCGUGCCGGAGACAGAAAGGCUGUUGUUGCACUAUCCUCUGGAGAAAAACAAUUCAUUCCAGCAGGAAGAUAUAAAUCAGAUGGAAUUCUUGAAACGAUAAUACUUCACACAGUGAGUAGUCAAGAAGACUUAACAUUGUUUUUGGAGCAGAAUAUUCACCAGUUUGAGUUGGGCCCUUACGGGUGUAUUCUACUUACGGUUUCUGCUAUUCUAUCAAGAUCUACAGACCUGGUCAUAAGAGAUUUUGAUGUGCCUACAAAUUCACUAAUUGGGGCUCAUGGAUACUGCACACAGGAACUUGUAAACCUUCUGCUUACUGGAAGAGCAGUGUCAAAUGUGUUUAAUGAUGUAAUAGAAUUAGAUUCUGGAAAUGGAAAUAGCACUGUCUUAAAUGGAAUUACAGGAAGAAGUGAUAUUGGAUUACUUUCACUCUUUGAACAUUAUAAUCUAUGCAAGGUUGGUUCAUAUCUGAAGACUCCCAAGUACCCAAUCUGGGUGAUCUGCAGUGAAAGCCACUUCAGUGUGCUCUUCUCUGUGCAAAAGGAAUUAAUGAAUGACUGGAGGAUGGAGAGACGGUUUGACCUGUAUUACUAUGAUGAACUAGCUAAUCAGCAGGAGGAAAUCCGACUUACAGUUGAUACUUCUCAAAACUGUGUUGCUGAUGCAGAAAAUGACCUCAUUCCUCCUAUUGAACACUGCAUUAGGACCAAAUGGAAAGGUGCCAUGGUUGAUUGGAAUGGUACAGAGCCAUUGCUUUGAUUUGCUUGUACACCCCAAACAACAAUUUUCUUAACUGAGGACCUUAACAUUGGGAACCAUUUUAAUAACUGACUACGGUAUAUGUUAAAAACCAAAGGUCUUACAAAACAUGUUGUUGUUUUUUUUUUUUUUUUUUUUUUU